AUGAAACCCGUCAAAGCUUCCCUGUGCUGCAUGCUGAUUGCUAUCGUUUCGGUAAACGCGCUGCCACCGGCGAGCAAAGCUGAAAUCCGACGGAACAUUCGCGUGUGCGCCAAAGGGAACGGCGUGUCGAGUCAAAGCGCGCUACGGGUGCUGAAGGGAAAUUUCUUCGAUGAUAGCGAUAACAUCAAGUGCUUUAUCAAGUGUAUGUUCAGUAGCAUGGGAUUCAUCGACGAGAACGAUGAGGUCAACGAGGACGCAAUCCGGGAAAAGGUGAUGGAACACAUGAGCUCGGACGAAGCGGACACCCUACACGAAAAGUGUAACAUCACCGGCAAGGAUCUGUGUGACACUUCGUUCCUGGUGUACAAGUGCAUCUUCGAAAAUUAUGAAGUCUCAUCGGACAUGAUGGAUUUCUGA